AUGAGAGAUUUAAUUGUGUUAGGAGGGUCUUCACACCCUAAUUUGACAAAAUCUAUAUGUCGUAAUUUAACCAUAGAACAAAGCAGAGUUGACUCACGUAAAUUUGCCAAUGGUGAAAUUUCCAUUGAAGUCAAAACCAGUGUACGUGAAAAAGAUGUUUUCAUUAUUCAAAGUGGAUGUGGACAUGUUAAUGAAAAUUUCUUAGAAUUGUUAAUUACCAUUGCAGCUUGUAAAACUGCAAGUGCUAAAAGAGUCACUGCGGUAUUACCAUUAUUUCCUUACUCAAGACAACCAGAUAUACCAUAUUUACCAAGUGCAACUGGUGCCCCAAGUAUAUCUGUUAAGAAAGAUGAAUAUACUUUUGAAAGCCUUCCAGGAACUCCAAACCCAUUAUCUCAACCUGAUCAAGAAAAACAACUCGGUGUCCCAUCUACACCAACUUCAUCUGAUGGGAAACUUAAAAUGCCAAUUCCUAAAAAGUACAUCCCUAAAUCAAUUGUUACUAAUUCAGCAGCAACCAAUUUCUUACCACAAGUUGAUGCUCUGGGUAAAACUGAAAGUGGAUACAAACAAUGGAUUUCACCAAAUGGUACUUUGAUUGCUAAUUUGUUGACAACUGCAGGGGCUGAUCGUGUCAUUACUAUGGAUUUACAUGAUCCUCAAUUCCAAGGAUUUUUCAAUGUCCCAGUAGAUAAUUUGUAUUCCAAACCAAUUUUGAAACAUUACAUUAUGAAUUUCAUUCCAAAUUAUAAAGAAUGUGUAAUUGUCAGUCCGGAUUCUGGUGGUGCCAAGAGAGCCACUGCUAUUGCUGAUAGUUUGGGUUGUUCAUUUGCUUUGAUUCAUAAGGAGAGAAGAGCUAAAAUGCCAAAGAACCCUCCACUGACUUCAAUGACCAAUAGUUUACUGACCAAUACCAAGAACCCAACCAUGGUUGCCACUACUAUGUUGGUUGGUGAUGUUCAAGAUAAAGUAUGUGUUUUAAUUGAUGAUUUGGUUGAUACUUCAUAUACUAUCACUAGAGCAGCUAAAUUAUUAAAAGAUCAAGGUGCCAAGUACGUUUAUGCUUUGGUCACUCAUGGUAUUUUUAGUGGAGAUGCCAUCAACAGAAUUGAACAAAGUGCAAUUGAUAAAGUUGUUGUUACCAACUCCACACCACAAAGUGACCAUGUUGAAAUUUUAGGUGACAAAAUUGAAGUAUUAGAUGUAAGUAGAGUUUUUGCUGAAGCAAUUAGAAGAAUUAAUAAUGGUGAAAGUGUUAGUAUGUUGUUUGAUCACGGUUGGUAA